CCGAAAAACGUUUCGCUCAUAAGCGGCAAAGGUAAUAUCGGUUUAUUAUUGAUAUGCAUUUUACAAGCUUGAAAAUGAGCGUUUAAACGAAAUUUUUGGUUCCGUAUUACCGGAGAACCGCUUUGUUUUGCAAAUUACAACGCAAUUUGUCGCCGGCAGUGAGAACCGCGGCGGCAUGUCUUCGGUCACGUCUGAAUGAAUUUGCUCUCGUUUGCGAGAUGGAAGUCGAUUAAAAAAUUAUUUGAAGUGAUUUGUUACCAACCGAUCGCUAAGCUUUUCGUUGGAUUAGUUUAUUUAAGGUUAACAAUCAGAUACUAUUAAACUACAAAGAAAUACAUAAGAGUUUGUUUGAAUUUGAUUGACCGUGCGCUUGUCAAAACAACAGACGAUAUAUAUUGUUAUGCAAAUACACGCCAUUACGCGGGCUUAUAAAUAACUGAGUCAUACGCGUGGCUACUCACUUAUUCUCAUCACUGUAAACACACUUGAUCGUCACGUUAACUAGUUUAUUAGCUGUGAGCCGUGAUACAUGAUGGAGUUUGCCGUUGGUGCUUCUGUUGAAGCUGUCGAUCAGCUCGGUAUUUGGGCCAAAGCCAAAGUUAUUUCAGCAUCCGAAAAUUCGGUUGUUGUGACUUUUCCUCCAUGGAGAUCGGAGUGGGACCGCGAGAUAAGUGACCUUUCCGAAAUCAGAAAGGAAACGAUCGAAGAAACGCUGAUCCCGCGCCGUCUUGCACAAAAAAAGAACCCGAAUCUCAAGAAAUUGUUCCACGGGGACGUUGUUUACUUGAAUGGCAAAGCAGCAAAUGUUCUCCAGUCAGAUCCUAUCAGGAAAUCGGUGAGUUUCAACUCUCUGUAG